AUGACAGCAGAAGAUCCCGAAGCGGAGAUGGCCGAUUCGUCGGACCAAGGUGGUGGUGAUAUGGAUGCAUCGGCUGAUCAUGACGGAGAUGGGGAUGGCAAAAAGAAAAAGCGUUCCAAACCGAGGCGACAAUCAGGUACUGCAGUGGCAUUUCAGAAACGAACAAGCGUCCGAAAGCUCCCAGAACGGACGACCAGUAGUCAUUUAGUGGAACGAAAAGGGAAGAAUCAACUGGCUGCCCUGACACCUCCUAAUCGACAGGACCGUCGUGGUAGUCAGGGAGCCAUCAAGGCGGCGACUAGUGCAUUGCGAGCGGCUCGUGGAGUGCCUGCUAGUAGGGGUGUCUCACGGGCUUCCUCGAGUCAACAAGCACCGCGGCGUCCUGAUCGAGCUGUUGCUCCUGGAAAGAAGACCGUCCCAGCGAGAUCCAGUAGUACGCACGCCUUGAAAGCGACGAAGAAAGGAGCUGGACAAGAGCCGACACUCACAGGUGCAGAUCUACUGAACCUUAGAAAGGCACAAAAGGCCGACAAUACGGAUGCUGACUCUGUCCAGUCGGAUCUGGAAUCAACCUACACUAUGGACUCUAUCAAUUUGCGGAAGAGCCAAAUUCAUCGGGAUGAUGAUGAAGAUCUUGCUAGACAGUUACGUGAUGCUGGAUUGGAUGAUGAUUAUGAAAACGACGGGUCGGACUCAGUGAGUACAUUGCAGUCAACUGAGGACGGCAUAAUGACUGAUUUUGAGGCACUGGCAGAUGUGGAAGUGGAAGAUGAGGGACAAGGAGAGGUUGUUAUUGACGACGACAAGUAG